AUGGGUCUUAUACAAUCUGUAUUAUGCUCUAUGACGUUUUGCAUCGAAAGGGUACUAACGUGGACAUGCUGUGCGUUUGUACUGAUGUUACUUAUGUUCACCAUUAUAAUUUUAAUGAUAUAUGGUAUAUCCGUCGGUUAUCACUAUGCGCAGAAGGAGCUGGCUUCUUUCGCAAUGUCUGCAAGAUCCACGACAGAACCAUCUGUACUGCGAGCCGGUCCAGAAUCGAGGCGUGUCGUGCGACUUGUCGCCGUAAACAGGUCGCAAGUGGAACACGCCCCACAUCCUAUACUCGAAGUAUAUCAAACUAAAAAGCCUGAAGAAAAAAUAUACAUAGAAACAUCAGAAACUCCAAUUGUUGUCCUUGAAACGGAAAGGCCGUCGAAAGAACCCGCACUAUCUCCACAUGAAAAAGAAUUGGCCCGCAGACUCAUCGGUCGUUUUCGCCGUUCACGAAAUAAUACUACCACUGCUGUGCCAUUCCUGAGACCGUUACGAAAUAGCACCGAAUUUUUAUUUGCGUCCACAUGAUCUAAGUUUUUCAGUUUUCAGGGAUAUGUAAUUUAAAAUUAUACUACCCGUAAUAGAGG